CAGUGCCAGUUUACCAUGUCUCGCUCCGGCAAAUAAUGCCUUCAAUGGAUAUCAUCAACAGAUCUCCAAUAUACUGCAGUAUCCUGAGCCACACAACUUUCACACAACUACUUUAACAUACAACAGUGCUUGCGUCGUUAGCAACUGCUUUACGGAGUACACCAACUCAGAUUAUUACUGGACCAGACCAAUGGCUUCUACACAUUCUCACUGCAAGAAGCUAACCGCGAAGCUCCAGAUAUAACCAUCGUUUCUGACCACUGACUUUGCAGAAACUCAAACGAUAGGACUACUCAGCGGAGCAACCUACUUGAAUACAAUUCACCACCACACCCACACUCUAUGAUAUCAAAACUACCCAUGGAUCUCCAACAUACGAGAUGCAAUAUCACAACAGCGGAAGGAAUAUCACACAAUGAAAAGACUGCCGCACGACUACGCCAUCAUCCCGGAUCAUUUAAAACAAAGAGGGACAUCAAAACCCCCCGUGCUAGCAGCGCAACUAAGAGCAUCGCCGAAGCCUCGUCAUCCCAAGCCCAAAACUCUCACCAGAUACAGCCCAUGCACCCGUCAGCCCUAGCCGCCACAAUCAAACCCAAACUCCCUCCGAACAUCAGCAGAACGCAGCAGCUAAACCCCUUCCCUCCACUCAUCCAGACCAAGUCUAUACACCAACCACCCCCGGAGGACAACAGACACACUCAGCACAUCCACCCCACCUCAGAAAACCCGACAAGCAACCGAAGAUCACCGUCGCCAUCGCCAUCACCUCAUACCCUCCCCAAUGCUCAAUCGACCGACCCAAUCCUCGCGCCACGCAAAGGACACCUCCAUCACCCUCUCAGAGUCCCCGAAUCAGAUUAUACCUGAUCCCACAGGAGGCAUCCCCAACCCACCACCCCACGGAACCAUCCAACCCUAGCGCAAGCCCAUAACCAACCCGAGAACCAGUGCAGAGUCCGAGAAUGGAAAGCAAAGUCCCCACCGGAGGAGGUACGAGUAAAAAGGUUUUGAUAUCAUACAGACACCGGCAUAUCCGCCACGU